GCAAAGCGUGAGUUGGAUAAAAAAACAUGACCUAUUCAGUCAGUCACGACGUUCCCAACGGUUAGCACGUAACUCUCAGUGUUGUCCAGGCGAAACUCCCCGCGCCCGCAGAGAAACCUGUUUCCACAGAGUGAUUGUUUUAGAAAGAAAGAAAAUAGAAACGAAACCUGCAGCGAAAGUGCUCUCGCCCGAAAUGUCGAUCAAGAAUAUUAUGCUGCUGAUAAGCCUGUUCGUAGCUGGGAGCUACGCCCAAUCCAAGGUUCCGGUGAACAUCUACUACGAAGCCCUUUGCCCGGACAGUGCGGCAUUCAUCAACACGCAGCUCUAUCCGGCAGCGAAGCAGUUCAAAGACAACAUGGACCUGAAGUUCAUCCCGUUCGGCAAAGCGACCUACCGAACGCAGGGUUCGGAUACGCUGUUCGAGUGCCACCAUGGACCGAACGAGUGCUACGCCAACAAGGUACAUGCUUGCGCUCUGUACCACAUCCAGGGUAAUUCGUACCAGCCGAAUAACACCCGCGAGGUGCUGAUUCUCGAGUACGUCAACUGCUUGAUGGAGCGGGCGCAGUUCAAAUCGGGCGAGUUCCCUGGCAAGGAGUGCGCCGAAAUGUACGAGAUCCACAACUGGGACACCAUCGAACAGUGCGCCAACAGCACCGAGGGAAGCAGUCUGCUAAAGAAUUAUGGCGAUGAAACAAACAAGCUCCAGCAGCCGCUGAAGUCAGUACCGACCAUCGCCUUCAAACAGACAUUCGAUGCUGACAAUCAGCAGCUGGCUGUGCGAAACUUCCGGGAAGCGCUCUGCAAAAAUCUAAAGCCCUCACCGGUUCAGUGCCGUAAUUUACCGGGAAGCGCACCCGCCCUCGCUUCCUUUGGACUGAUCACACUGCUUUCGGUGAUCCUGACCCGAGCGGUUUAAAGCGGUCAAUUUUAUGUCAUAUCAUAACUUCUUCCAAUCCAUCCCUGUGGUGCAUUUACUCUGUGUUACGGUGUCGAAACUAAUUCCGUCCUUACUGUCUAACAGAAUAAAACAACAACAAAAAAAUAAUAUUUUAACAUAUCAAAUUGACUGUAUUGUUCGUACAAAUAGAGUGACAAAUAAAGUGGUCAUAAGAUUUUAUCGUUA